AUGGAAAAGAGUGAAUUGGAAGAAGAAGGAUAUGUUCUGGUGCAGAAGAAAAGGCCACACAAGCAAGAUGUGGUUCAAAACACAUCGAAGGAGUACCUCGCGGAGAUCGAAGAUUACAUCCAAAAAGUUGCGACAUCGAUAUGGCACCUGAACAACUUCAUACACGAAAACCCCGAGCUGGCGUUCCAAGAGUACAAAGCACACAGAGCAUUGACCGGUUAUAUGAGAUCGCGGAAAGGGUGGCAUGUGACGAUGAAUGCAUAUGGAAUGGAGACUGCUUGGGUAGCAGUAUACGACAGUGGGAAAGCAGGACCUGUCGUGUCCUUUAACGCUGAAAUGGCAGAGCUUAUGGAAGCGCACAGCCUAGCAGGAAAGAUUCUCUUGUUCGGUACCCCUGGAGAAGAAGGCUUCGGUGGCGGCAAAAUCCGUCUUCUCGAGGCAGGCGCCUACUCAGGAGUUGACGUCUCCCUAAUCUCACACCCAGGCAUUUCGAAUAAUAGUGCGAUGGUCCGCACAACCGCAUUUGCCCGCCUUGAGGUUGAGUUCUUUGGACGUGCCGCGCACGCAGCCAGAAGUCCAUGGGCUGGUAUUAAUGCUCUCGACGCCCUGGUGAUUGCAUACAACUCUAUAUCAGCUCUACGUCAACGAACAAUGCUGAUGGAUGUCAUCGGUAUGAGCAUCACCAACGGGGGAGGGCCGCCGAACAUCAUACAUCCAUAUGCUUCCGGGGUUUGCGUAAUUCGAGCAGCCAGCGCGUCUCGGCUUGAAGAGCUCCAACGAAGUGUUAGCGCUUGCUUUCGCGCUGGGGCAGAGGCUACGGGAGCCAAGGUGAACAUAAAGAUCACUCCGGGCUAUGCUGACCACGUCCCGAAUAGUGUUUUGGCGGCCUCAUAUAACAAAUAUUGGAGUUUGUUGCCAGAUCCUCCAGAGCCUCCAAUUCCCCCUCCCGGCCAGUUCACCUGGGUGAAAGCAAGCACUGACCAGGGCAAUAUCAGUUAUGCCAUGCCAAGUGUGAAUGCUAGCUUCGCAAUCCCGCCAGGCGCAGAAGGAGGACAGCCGCACAGUCCAGACUUCGAAAAGGCGUCAGGCACGAAGGGGGCCUUCGAGCGAGCGUUGAGAGUAGCGAAGGCAUUGGCAGGGACGGCAGUCGACGUACUUGCAACUCCCGGAUUGAUCGACCGAGUAAAAGAGCAAUGGAGAAGAGAUAUGGAUAGCAUGAAGACGGCCUUGCAGAGCACGGUCGAUGAUGAAAACACGUGA